UCACCGACCCCCAAAAAGCUUGCUUACCUAAGGAAGAAGAGCCGAAAGUGGAUCCCUCGGUCGGCGACGUCGGUGGUCCCCGGUGAGAAGCACGUACCACUUGCACAACGGCCCAUGCACCCACCUUACAUAAGACACUUUCACCACGUUUUAUGCAAACACACACGUGCCACACCCAACUGUGCAGACCCACUUUCGAGUUUUUCCCUCCUCUCAAAACAGCCAAAAGGCCAUCGAGGCGCAAUCACGCCAUCGCCCCGGUCAGUCACCUCACGUCCAAGCUCCACACCAGAGCCGCGCUCUCGACGUCGUCCACCACCAAACGAAGCCUAUCCCGCCCAAUCUAGCCAUUCACCUUGAUCCAAAUACAAUGCAAGCGCCGCGGCGUCUAUUUAGCGAGCUCUUACAGCUCUCGACAAGGCGGCCCGUCCCUCCUCGUCCGACUCCUGGCCCUCCUGGACCAUGGCGAGCGAGCUGGAUCCCUGCCUCUGCCGCUGCCGCUCCUCCUUCUCACGCUCCUCCUCCAGGAUGUCGUCCUCUACACGCCUCUGCCUGCUCGAGACACCCCCGACCGACAUCCGCCUCCUCCUCGAAGCCCUUGGCCGGUGGCCGUGAUAGUCAGGAACAUACCCAGAAACACCAGACUACCCGCCCAGGGGAGGAGCGCGGAGAAGAGCGUGAGACCCAGCACCCACGCCGCCGCAAGGGUCCGGCCACCGUCAGUACGUUGCUCGCUAGCGGCGGGCUCUUGUCUCUCUUCGUCGGCCUCUCGGAGCCCUUCCAUGUGCCCACUCAGGAAGAAGCAGAUGCCUCCGACCCGGCCUCGUCCACCGACGACCGCGACCCAUCUAUCCCUCGCUUCAGGCUCUCCGAAAUCCGAAAACAUGAUGCCAAAUCCGGUAGCCCAUGGGUUACCCAAGGCGACAAGGUCUACGACAUAACUGACUGGGUUGCCGCCCACCCCGGAGGUGAUGUCAUCCUCCGUGCCGCUGGAGGUAGCAUUGAUCCCUACUGGAACAUCUUCACCAUCCACAAGUCGCCCCACGUUUAUGAAAUCCUUCAACAGUACUUGAUUGGCUUCAUCGACUCGGACGACCUUGUCGACGGCAAGCCCGCUGCUCAGGAAAUAGAAGACCCCUUCAAGCACGAUCCUACCCGUGACGAGAGACUCAUCACCCUCACUCCCAAGCCUCGCAAUGCAGAGACACCCGUGGAAGGCCUGGCUGACAGCUAUCUCACUCCCAAUGAGCUCUUCUACGUGCGCAACCACAUGUGGGUUCCCCAGGUCGAUGAUACUUCGGACUACACUCUCAAGAUUGAGCUCCUCGAUGGCACCAUCAAGGAGUACUCUCUCGAUGACCUGAAGACCAAGUUCAAGCCUACCACUGUUGUGGCUGUUUUGCAAUGCUCUGGCAACCGCCGAAGCGACAUGACGCGCAACGCGAAGAAAACCAACGGACUCCAGUGGAAUGUCGGCGCCAUCUCUUGUGCGGAAUGGCAGGGCGUGAAACUCACUGACGUACUUGCCGAUGCCGGUAUUCCUAUACUUGAGGCCAUUGCUGGAGAUACGGAGGCCAAGCACGUUCAGUUCAUGGCGCUCGAAGCCUAUGGCGCGUCAAUUCCCAUCGAAUCUGCUCUGGACCCGCGUGGUGACGUUUUGCUGGCAUACUCGAUGAAUGGCAAGCCGCUGCCGCGAGACCAUGGAUACCCUCUUCGUGCUCUUGUGCCGGGCCAUGUGGCAGCUCGUUCCGUCAAGUGGUUGAGCCAGAUCACUAUUUCUGACGAAGAAAGCCACAGCCAAUGGCAGCGCAAAGAUUACAAGUGCUUUGGCCCCAACGAGACGAGCCCCGACUGGGACCGCGCUGCACCAAUUCAGGAGAUGCCCAUCACAAGCGCCAUCACCACCGUCAGGUUAGGUGAUUGGAAAGCAACAACAAGUGAGUCAGAGGCGAACGAGAAAGCUGACAGCCUCCGCGAAGCGUCUCUCAUGGGUUACGCCUACUCUGGUGGCGGUCGCCGUAUUGUUCGUGUCGAUAUCAGCGUCGACAAUGGCAAAACUUGGGAUCAAGCCGAGUUGCUCGACGAGCCUGGAGCCCCGCCAAAGGCCGGUCACAAGUCCUGGGCAUGGAAGCGCUGGAGGUAUGACGGCGCAAUCCCGCUUGGCGAGCCAGGUGAAGGGACUAAGAAGUGUACCACCCUGCUCGUCAAGGCCACGGAUGAGGCAUACAACUCGCAACCCGAGAGUUACUCGGCCAUUUACAACCAGCGUGGAAACUUGGCCAACGCGUGGCACCGCCUCAAAAUCUGCUCCGAUUGUGCCAACAAGGCCAUCAUCGCGACUAAGUAGAUCGGCAUACGAUUUGGAGAAGAAGGGGGCGAGUGAGGAAAGGACACCAAAAGAGGUGAAGAGAGGUGAGGACGAGAGUUUAUCGAUGGCUGCAGGGGUUUUUCAUACGCGUAGAGUACGCUUGAAGCAGCGGAGGCGUAUUGCGGAUUUAUGAAGCGAAGCCUGUUGUUCAUAAUCAUUACUAUUUCUUGGUUUAUCA